AUGCAGCUGCCUGUGCGGCGAGGUAGGCGAGUACUCGAAAUUGGUUGCGGAACCGGCGGCAGAGCUCGCGAACUCGCACACUUUUCUGACGUCGAUGUCGUCGGAGUUGACGCGGACGCGUCGAACAUCGAGCUCGCUCGCAUUUGCACAGAGAAUGCUCAGCUGAGCCACUGUGUAAGCUUUAUUCAAGCCUCAAUGGAAACCCUCUGUGCCGUCUUCGAAGACAAUUCCUUUGAUGCAGUGUUCUCCGUGGAGUCGAUCACAAGUAGUGGGCACUUUGAUGCCGCCUGCAGCCAAGUAAGACGAAUCCUGAAACCCGGAGGCAAGUUUGCUUUCUAUCGUUGGUGCAUGUCCGACGCAUGGGACGCAGGACGCAUGGAUCAUCGCCAAGUAUGGCAGCAGCUGGGCCAAGCCAUCCUCUCUCAUGGCCAGCCACUUCAAGUCCAAUCAAUAGAUAACACGACCGCGGCUCUGGGUCUCGCUGGCUUCUCUCUAUGCCACUCCGAGGACUUGGCCAAGCGCGUCGAUGAUGUUCCCUGGUAUCACACUCUCGAAGAACUGGAGCACGGCCGCCCUAUCGAGGCUGUAUCGUGGGCAUGGUGGAACGAAGGCCCAAACGCUGAACCAGCCGAGCAUGCUCAGGACCGAAAUCGGUCCCUGUAUUUCGCCGUCCGCACCAUUCUGAAGGCGGGAAGACUGGGCCUAUUGACGCCCAUGGCGCUGUUCGUUGUGCAAAAGAACUCUGAUGCCCAGACGCUGAGCCGCGCUGCCGUGUCUAGUGGGUGUGAGUAG